GUCUAUACCGGAGACUGGCUGCCGUCAUCCACUAAGGAUUACAGAGAGAGAGAGAAAUUGAACUGAUGUGAGAUCUUCUGUUCAAGUUGUGAAAUCCCCGGGCGGGCUGCCUGGGCAGGAAUACUUCAUUAACUGAGACUGGGGGCGCGUCCUGAAAAAAAUGGUCCUUUGAAAUCCCAUCCAUACCUUUGUAGUGCUAGCACAGGGGCGGGAAUGUCAACAGUGCUACAGUAUAAAACCUGACACUGGCCACCCGGGAUCGUCAGAAACCAAAAACACAAGCUUCAACUCCAAGGGGACUAUUCUAGAACGACUUGCAGGACGCUAACAAAUUUAGGAGUAUAUACUCAGAAGAGAGCAUCAACCAUCCUUUCUUGCAGGAAAGACAUUGUAUUUACUGUCCCAUUUGAACAAACAGAAAGUCAGCCAUGCACCUAAAAACCGUAAAUGUGCUGCUCUUUACAAUUAUCGACUUCAUCCUGAACACUCCAGGAGCAGGCGGUUCGCUGCUAAUUAACUCGAAUGCUAUAAAGAACUUGCCUAGUGGAGUAGGGCAGAGUCCCAGUGAGAGCAUAAACCCAGUAAGUGCCAGUCCGGACAACAUCUUUCUCUAUGACGGUGGCAGCAAAAACCAAGCAAUUGACAACUACCAGCAUUUCACCUGCGUGGACGACGAGGACUGCUCACACGAAGAAUUCUGCCACGGAUCUCGCAUUACCUUCCAGGUGUGUCUCCCUUGCAGGAAGCGAAAGAAGCGUUGUCUCCGUGACGCCAUGUGCUGUCCUGGCAACCACUGCAACAAUGGUGAGAACGCAAACGGGAUGUGUGUUGCAAAUGAACAUGAACAACCCCAUCAUGGAGAAAUAGAAGAAACUAUCAUUGAAAGCUUUGGAUAUGAGAACCACCAUGUCACUGCUGACAGCCACCCUCGACGUACUACUUUACCUUCAAGACCACAUUCUGUUAAAGGUCAGGAAGGUGAUUCAUGCCUUAGGUCCUCAGACUGUGGAGAAGGACUGUGUUGUGCCCGACAUUUCUGGUCCAAAAUCUGUAAACCAGUUCUUAAAGAGGGUCAAGUAUGUACUAAACACAAGAGGAAAGGUUCCCACAGUCUGGAGAUAUUUCAGCGUUGUGACUGUGGGGAUGGCCUGUCUUGCCGGACACAGAGAAAUGAACAUAGUACAUCAAGACUACACACAUGUCAGAAACAUGCAGUUGAAUCCUAGAUCUCCUAUGACAUACAGGAGGGAACAUCCUGAUAUAAAAGACCUCAUUGUAAGACAUAUCACAGCCAGACCUUGACUAAGACUGACAGACUAGUUGUGUUAACCUGGCUGACUUUCAGAGCUGCUUUUGUGCCUAUUUUCAUUUUGCUGAAUGCAAUGGAAAAAGCAGGAUGAUAUAUACUGUUUCUGUAGUGGAACUAUUACUAUUGCCUAAAGUAAGGUUUUACAGUAAAUUACUGUGUUGUAAAUAUUCAGUGUGGCAUUUAAAGCUGUAUAUAUUUAAAAGUAAUAUUUUUAUUCGGGUGCCACCCUGAUACAUGUUUUUAUUAAACUGUUGUCUUUGUUAUAUGUAGAUGAAUGCACACACAUACAUAUAUCUAUCUAUAUAUUAAUUAUUAUCAGUCAGAGUAUUAAAAUCUUUAUAUUUUUGGUCAAAAAUAAAGCCUUUUUAAAGGUCUUCUGUGCUCUUAUCUGACAAUUAUAGAUAUAAUUAACCUUUCUGAGCAGCUACGUAAAAUCAUUUUGUGUGUCAAAAGGAUGUAGUCCAAGA